AUGGCUCACACCACGCCCAUGCGCCGCCCUUCCCGUCGCCUGUCACUCCUCAUCGCCCUCCUCCUCGCCGCCUCGCCCGGCUUCACAGCUCAGAACAUAACAUCCCCAGACGCGCCGGUUAACGCCCUCGCCCCUGUCGCUGAUGCCCGCCCCGUGAGUGCGAGCGCGGCGGGCACGAUGGGCGACGAGGAGGGGUUCUACAUGGAGGAGACUCCGGCGAUCAAGCAGCUGGUGGCGCGCCUGGAGCGCAUCGCGGGCUCCAUCAAGAACCCCUGGGAGGUGCUGCUGCACCUCAACGAGCUCUUUGCCACCAGCCCCACUGGCGGCGGCGGCAGCGCAACGAUGGGCGCGGGCACGGUGUCGCCUCUGGCAGAUGGAUGCCCCGCCACGGCGGCGCAGAUGACCAAGGAGGUGUCGCGGCUGGCGUGGAGGCUGCAUUUCCGCCCCAUCAAGUACACCAUCAUGGCGCGCUUCUUCAGGAACCUCGCCAACAACGCCAAGAAGAACAACGCGGACCUGACGUACCUGGGGUGCCGCACGUACUUCAUCCCGUCCAACUUCGCGCUGAUGAACGUCAUCGCCAAGGGCGCGGGCGACAUCAGGUACCUGCUGCUGGCGCCGCUGUACAACAUCAUCAACGGCACGUACCACUUCGACAAGCUGCGCCGCCUGCCGCACGGCACCACCAUGCCGACGUUCAUCCCCGACUACCCCAUCGCCAAGUACUUCACGCCCAUCACGCCGCUCGCGCUCAUCACCUUCGGCGGCUCCAUCGUCGCCGUCGGCACGCCCGGCGCCAAGACGAUCCUCGCGCGCCUUGCGUGGGCGCAGAUUAAGGACCGCGACAUCCACUGCGGGAAAUACCUGGCGGCGCACGGCGUGAGCACCAUGGUCAUCCCGCGCGUCAAGCUGAACAACUGA